GCGUCUGCCUGUAGGUGCACAGAGGAAUUGAUAUCAGUGCGCAAGUAGAUCCGGCCUGGGCAGGUUUGCAAGUCGAGGAGAGAAAAAGUUAGAGAGGGGGACUGCAGAGGCGCACGGUGCCACAGCCAGGACCACUAGGAGCCUCUGCAAGCUGCAGCGAACACGCCGAGAAGAAGAAGAGCUCCUUCUUAUUAUUUUCUAUUCCGCAGAGGGGGAAGUGUGCUGGGGGGAACAGAGGGGCUAUGACACGGGAGUAGAGAGAGUUUUGAGAGUGUUACAGCAGGCGGAUCCUUGUUUUAUUCCCCCCACAAGAUGAAUAAAGACUUGAAGAGCCUGCGACAGCUCGCCGUGCCUCUGCUCUUCCUCGCCCUGUGCGUCGCGGUGCAGCAGUCCGACUCUGCGGCUUGCCAAGGAUGUGUGGGUAGCAAAUGUGACUGCAGUGGAGUAAAAGGAGCAAAGGGUGAGCGGGGUUUCCCAGGUCUCACCGGACAGCCAGGAGUCCCAGGAUUCCCUGGACCUGAAGGGCCAAUUGGAUCCAGAGGCGAGAAGGGUAGCGAUGGACCUCAAGGACCAGGUGGCCCGAAAGGAAUAAGAGGGCCUGCUGGAUUGCCAGGAUUUCCAGGAACACCAGGACUUCCAGGUCUACCUGGGCAGGAUGGACCUCCAGGCCCAAGAGGAGUGGCAGGUUGCAACGGGACAAAGGGUGAGAGGGGUUUGCCAGGAAAUUCAGGAAUCCUCGGACACCAAGGACUGCCGGGUCCACCUGGUCUGCCAGGACAAAAAGGAGACCCAGGUGACGUGAUCUCCACCAACCGUUUUGGAGAGAAAGGAGCAGUGGGAUUGCCUGGAUUGCCAGGAGUUCCUGGGUCUCCAGGAUCCCCCGGUUUGCAAGGUCCACUCGGUCCUCCAGGACCUAGAGGCUAUGAGGGUCGUCCAGGUUCUCCCGGUCCUCCUGGACCAAAGGGAAACAUGGGAUUGAACUUCCAAGGACCUAAAGGAGAGAAGGGUGAAACCGGUCUUCCAGGACCUCCUGGUCCUCCAGGACAAGUUGGAGAACAGAAGCGAUCACCCGAGACGGAGAUUCAGAGGGGAGACAAGGGUGACCCAGGACUUCCAGGCCCCCGAGGUGAUCCAGGAUAUCCAGGACCUCCUGGUCCCUCGGGUGGCCAGAAAGGAGACAAGGGCGAACCGGGAGAAGCAGGCAAAAGAGGCAAACCAGGCAAAGAUGGUGACCCCGGUGCUGCAGGCUUUCCUGGAAUCAAAGGAGAAUCAGGCCUUCCAGGUCCUCCAGGCAGGGAUGGGGAGAGAGGACUCAAAGGUGAUCGUGGAUACCCAGGCCCACCAGGACAGGUGAUUGGCGGAGGCACAGGAGGUCGUGCCGGCCCUAAAGGUGAGCCGGGAUACCCUGGCUCACCUGGACUCAAAGGAGACAGAGGACCAGCAGGUUUAUCAGGACCUCCAGGUCCACCAGGAAUUCCAGCUACAGGUGGUGGUGGUCACUCUGGAUCGCCUGGCUUCCCAGGAGAGAGAGGUCAGAAGGGAGAGCCUGGCGUUCCAGGAGUGUCUCUGCCGGGUCCCCCAGGUCGUUCGGGAUCUCCCGGUGUCCAGGGACCACCAGGUCCUCCUGGACCUCCAGGCUUUGCCUCAACACAACCAAACUGUCUCACCGGAGAGCCUGGGCGUCCUGGUGUGCAGGGAGAGAGAGGUUACCCAGGAGAGACGGGCCAAAAAGGUGAGAAGGGCGACACCUGUGUGAACUGCUUUGGCGGCACCAGUGGUGUCCCAGGACCCCAAGGACCUCCAGGACAGCCCGGAUUCCCCGGAACUCCCGGCUCCCCAGGUGCCAAAGGAGACAGAGGAUUUCCAGGAACACCUGGUAGCGUUGGGCCACCUGGUUCCUCUGGUCCUCAAGGUUCUCCAGGAUUUCCCGGAGAGAAGGGAGACCCAGGUGAAGCUGUCACAGUAAGCGGUGUCAGGGGAGAGAAGGGUGACACUGGAUUCCCCGGACCACCUGGUCUGCCCGGUCUGGAUGGUAGACCUGGACGAGAUGGAGUGCCUGGAACUCCUGGACCCAAAGGAACUCCUGGCUCUUUGCUAGUGAAAGGAGAACGAGGAAUCCCUGGUGAUCCAGGUCCAGCAGGUAUUCCAGGAGACAGGGGCCCUCCAGGAUCACCUGGCUUUGGACCUCCAGGGGGCACAGGAGAGAAAGGUGCUCAAGGCGUCUCAGGAAGACCUGGAGGUCCCGGUGCACCUGGUGCUAAAGGUGAACCAGGCCUAUCAGUGGCUGAAAAAGGCUUACCAGGACCCAGAGGACAGGACGGCGCACCAGGACUGCCUGGUCAACCAGGUGGCCCAGGUCAGCCUGGACAGCCUGGUUUCCCUGGUUUACCAGGAGGAAAGGGCGAUCCUGGACUCCCAGGAAUUGGACUCCCAGGACCCCCAGGAGCUAAAGGACACCCAGGUAUACCUGGCCAGCCAGGAUCGCCUUCAGGACCCGGCAGACCAGGAGUAGAUGGACUUCCUGGCCAGCCUGGAUUCCCUGGACCCAAGGGUGAGCCUGGCUUUGGCCUUCCUGGCCCCUCAGGUUUACCAGGAGUACCCGGAGGUAAAGGACACCCAGGACCAAAAGGAGAUCCCGGUUUCCCUGGUGGCCCUGGUUCACCUGGACGAUCUGGAUUUGAUGGGCCUCCAGGCUCUAAAGGUGAGCCCGGUACACCUGGUUUACCUGGAGCCCGUGGCCCGCCUGGAUCCCCCACCAGUGGCUCAGUGGGGCCUGCCGGCCCACCUGGAACCCCUGGCCCAAUGGGACCACCAGGCGAGAAAGGAUUCCCCGGAGGAAAUGGAGCAAAGGGAGACCCCGGUCCUCCAGGUCUAGACAUCCCAGGUCUGCCCGGAGAUAGAGGAAGUCCUGGUUUCCCAGGAUCGCCAGGACCAGCUGGAACUCCAGGACCUCCUGGUGGACCUGGACGGGAUGGCCUGCCUGGACUGCCAGGUCAGAAAGGUGACAUGGGUCCCAUGGGAACUCCAGGACCUUCUGGAGGACCAGGAGGGCCAGGAGGACCUGGUGGUCCCGGACAUAAGGGUGAACCUGGAUUCCCAGGCAGAGAUGGUUCACCUGGUGGUCCCGGAGGUAAAGGUGAGAGAGGCGACCCCGGUGUCCCAGGACCCCCAGGACCAAGCCUCCCACCACAUGCCAUAAAGGGUGGCAAAGGAGAUCCUGGACUACCAGGUGUACCAGGUAUUCCAGGUCCAAAAGGUACCUCUGGUCUCCCUGGUGACCCUGGAGUGCCAGGAUCAGAUGGACGCCCUGGACUCCCAGGACCACCAGGUCCUAAGGGAGAUUCUGGCAUUCCAGGAGGCCCAGGUGGUCCUGGAGGACCAGGAGCUAAAGGCAACAUGGGAGAAAUGGGAUUCCCAGGACCAUCAGGACAGAAGGGUCUACCAGGUCAGGCAGGUAGGCCUGGAUCUCCGGGACAGCCAGGAGGACCUGGUUUCCCUGGACCCAAAGGUGAACCAGGCUCUGCUGGAGUUGGACCACCAGGGUCACCCGGACACAAGGGUGAACCAGGCCAGCCAGGGUUCCCAGGAAGUCCAGGACUUAAAGGAACUCCAGGAUCACCUGGUCUCCCUGGUGGAUCAGGAGGACCAGGUGCCAAAGGCGACCCUGGCUUGCCAGGAUUCCAAGGUCCUCCUGGUACUCCCGGUCCUAAGGGUCUCGAUGGUGGGCCCGGUGGUCCAGGUCUCCCUGGAUCUCCCGGUAGACCAGGAGAGUCCGGCCGACCAGGAGGACCAGGGUUGCCAGGAGAGAAGGGUCAGCCAGGUCGGGAUGGGAUCCCAGGACCAGCUGGAGUCAAAGGAGAUCCAGGACUUCCUGGUUAUGGUGGUCCUGGUCCAUCUGGUCUUCCAGGGUUGCCAGGUACAAAGGGAGACCCAGGUCCCCCAGGCCAACCUGGCAGUCCUGGUUUCCCUGGCACUAAAGGAGAUGCUGGUUUCCCCGGCUCUCCUGGUGCCGCAGGCAACAGCGGCCCUCCUGGGCCACCAGGAGUUCCUCUGCAGGGUCCCAAAGGCCUCCAAGGAACUCCUGGACCACCUGGAAGACAAGGCCCCUCAGGUCCUCCAGGUGGACCUGGCCCACAGGGACCCCGUGGUCCCCCAGGAAGUGGUGGCGUUAAGGGAGAGAAAGGUAUUCCCGGUAGUAUUGGCCAGCCAGGCUUCCCCGGACAGAAGGGAGAUCCUGGUACUCCCGGAUUCCCAGGCUCCUCUGGUCUUCCCGGCGGUCCUGGUUCAAAAGGAGAUGUUGGUCUGCCUGGUGUUCCCGGAUUCCCUGGACCAAAGGGAGACCCAGGACUUCCCGGUGGCAGUGGACUCCCUGGAGAUCCUGGAGAUGUCGGAUCCCCUGGCCUUCCUGGUGACCCUGGUGUACCUCCGACUCCCAUUGUGGUAAAGGGUGAGCGCGGACCCCCUGGUGUUCACGGUCAGCCUGGUGGUCAGGGACAACCUGGUUCUCCUGGCCGUGACGGACCUUCAGGUCUACCUGGUACCCCUGGAGAACCUGGACCAGAGGGUCCUCCAGGCUUCAGUGGCCCACCUGGCAGAAAGGGAGACAACGGACCUGCUGGUCAGCCUGGUCAGCGUGGCUACCCUGGUCCUCCUGGCUCAGAUGGUCCACAGGGUCCUCCUGGUCUUCCAGGAUCCGUGUCUGCAGCCCAUGGCUUCCUCAUCACCCGACACAGCCAGGGUCAGGAUGUGCCUUUCUGUCCCGAAGGAACUAACCUCAUCUACGACGGUUACUCCCUGCUGUAUGUCCAGGGCAACGAGAGGGCCCACGGACAGGACCUUGGCUCGGCCGGCAGCUGCCUGCGCAGGUUCAGCACCAUGCCCUUCAUGUUCUGCAACAUCAACAACGUUUGCAACUUUGCCUCCCGUAACGACUACUCCUACUGGUUGUCUACACCUGAGCCCAUGCCCAUGUCCAUGGCCCCCAUCACUGGAGAGAGCAUCAAGCCUUACAUCAGCAGGUGUUCAGUUUGUGAAGCUCCAGCCAUGGUGAUCGCAGUCCACAGUCAGACCAUCCAGAUUCCUACUUGCCCUGGGACUUGGGACACUCUGUGGAUCGGAUACUCCUUCAUGAUGCACACCAGUGCAGGUUCAGAAGGCUCCGGUCAGGCUCUGGCCUCCCCUGGCUCCUGCCUGGAGGAGUUCCGCAGUGCUCCCUUCAUAGAGUGCCACGGCAGAGGGACAUGUAACUACUACGGCAACUCCUACAGCUUCUGGCUGGCUACUGUAGAACCCAGUGAGAUGUUCAGGAAGCCCCAGUCAGAGACUCUCAAGGCGGGUAACCUACGGACGCGCGUUAGCCGUUGCGUGGUCUGCAUGAAGAAGACGUAACGGCACUCGAAAGCCUGAUCGAUAACAAGAGAUGAUUGGAUGACGGGGGGGGAAGACAAGUAAAUAGGCCCUUGUGGCGACGAGGUGGAAUUCCAAUGGUGCAUUGUCUUCCGGGAAAAACUAAAACAAUGGUGCUACUGUGCAACACAGCUUUUAAAAAAAAAAAAAAGACAAAAAAAAAGAAAAAAAAACUAAAUCUUACAUUUAGUCUUUGUUUUUCCUCAGAAGUACCUCAAAAUGAAAGCCGAAAAAUAUCCACUAAAUGGUGUGCCAAGAUGGAUGUGUGAAAACAAAAGUGCAUUUUUUCCCAUUUCUUUUCCCUUCUUUCCCAAAAGUUUCUCUUCUUAUAACAAAACAAAAUCACUUUUUUUGACAAAAUUUUUGUUUUUUUUUGGUCUUAUUGAUGAGGAGUGGAUGAUCUCCACGGUUACCAAAUCGGCACUUUGACUUCGGAACAUCCAAGAUGAGAGAUGCACUGACGAUGAGCUUUCCUUAGUGAGACUGGCUGCCUUUUUAUUUUUAUUUUUCAUCACUAGCUCUUCAUUCACACACUUGUUCUCUCUUCUCUCUCCGUCAUUUUUCUGUCGUUUUUUUUUUUUAACGUUACAUUCGGUGGCACUAACACUGCUGUAGCACGCCUCCUAACCAUCAGCCUACACCUUCUUCUUUUUUUUUUCUUUUUGUAAGUAAUUAAAUGUGUAUAUUGUGUAAAACACCUUUUGUUUUUAGUGUAUUAGGUCCUGAAUCUGUACCAGUUCUUUGUUAUAAGACAAUUUUUCCAAGUUCUUUUUUAGCUCUCUCACACACACACACACACACACACACACUCACACAUACACUCAUUCACUUCGUCUCUCACUGACACACAUCGACUCAGAUAUUGUACAAAGUAAGGCUUUUAUGAAUGAAACAUUAUUUUAUAUAUAAUAAAUAUAUAUUUGAAAAAAGAGGAUAAAAGGUAUAUACUUUAUUCGGCUGUGGGGAGAUUGUUCGCUGUUUUCAAACACAAACAAAGGUCAGGCAUUUUAACGGAAAACUAAAGCUAACUACUGAGCACAGACAGAGCCAUUUUCCCUAAAACAUAACAGUCUUGUAUGAUAUUAACGACGCCAAUCGCUUAAAUCUUUUUGUACUCAAUUUGUAGAAUUAAUAAAUGUUGAACUGAAAUAAAAGGGGAUUUGCUUUUAGGUAGUCUAAUGAUUGGGGGAAUGUUACAGAUAUUUGUGCAAGAGAAAAAAAAAAAGAGGAUUAUAAUUAAAAUCUUGGCUCCUUGACUAGAAAACAGUGAUAUUUGUUUUGUGUUUUUAACAUUUCCAGGUGCUGGGCUUUGCUAUAAAACAAACAAAAAAGGGGGCCUGAAGUUUUUGGGGCCCAUUUUUUUGUUCUUGCACCCCAAAACUUUCACAUCCUCUUUCGCUGGCUUGAAUUUGUAUCCAAAAAAUUGGUUCAAGUGUUCACACUCGACCCCUGUUGAAAAACGCAGGCGGAAGUGUGCGUACAUUUAAAUCAGGUGUUAACAGUCCCGCGUGACACUCACUCUCGCGUCAGGUGGACACACACUCCUGAUGUACUGUAAGUCUACAAGAACUGUUUUAGGGGGGAAAGAAAUGUUUUUCCUGUGAUUUUAUUGUUAUUUUUAUUUUUUCAAAACUGCUUUUAUGAAUUCUAAUUUUGUCAACCUGGGGUACGAUUAAAAAAAUGUGUAUUUGUUUUUUGUUUUUUUCUUUUGUUUUUUUGUUUAUUUUUCAUGUUAUGUUAUCCAGAAGUUGUUAUAAACUUUUAAGACUGAAAUAAAUACUAUGUCCAAA